AUCGAAAUGUAUUUAUCUCGAACCGUCGACGCCUUAAAUGAACCACAUAUCUGAGAGGAAAAUUAGUAUAGGUGACGAGUAUGACCUUGUCGCAUCGAAUGACCGGUUACGCAGUGGCGUCCGCUGCUAUAGCCGCCUCAAUAUUAGCUUACCGACUACUCAAACGGAUUAGCCAGGAAAUACCUACCGAAUGGGAAGGAAUUGGCACUCUGAAGUCGAUUUAUUUCUAUCCGUUGAAAAGCGGAGCCCCGUUGGACGUCGAAAGCGUGUUUUGUGCCGAAGUAGGAUUGAUGACGUUGGAGGACACCGGCGAAUCAAACAGGACGCAGCUGCGUGACAGAUCGUUUUUGAUUUUCAAUGAGAAACACAAAGAAUUUAAGACGGCCCGGCAUUAUCCGAAAAUAAUGCUUAUCAAACUGACGCCCUACGACAGAAACACCGUGGCCCUUGACGCUCCGGCAAUGGAAACUAUCUAUGUCAAAAUUCCCGCUGACGAAAUUCAAACCAAAUGCAUCACGUUGUUCGAGAAAGAAACUGUGCUAACCGUCGACUGCGGUCAAGAAGUCGCCACGUGGUUGUCCAAGUUCCUGUUAAACGAAGAUUUCGGGUUACGUCUCGGGUAUAACGACGGCAGCCUUAAACGCGAUAUAGAAAAGUACUACAAAGCGUUCACGAGAUACUACGCAGAUUUUACCAACCAAGCUGGGGGAUUGUAUUCCGACUUAGUAAGCGUCAGCGUCAUCAAUCAGGCGUCGAUAGAUGACUGCAACAGCAGGAUAGGCGACACCACAAUCACUGCAGCCAACUACAGAAACAACCUGCUAGUGACUGGACCUGGUUUGAGGCCUUUCGACGAAGACCAUUGGGACUUUAUUAAGGUGGGUGGAGUCGUCCUCAAGAACGUCAAAGAGUGCGUCAGGUGCCAGAUGCCCACGAUCGAUCCAAAGACAGCCGUUAAGCACCCGAAAGGGGAACCAUUUAAGACACUGAAUACGGGGCAAGAAGCUAGGAGAUUAUAUCAAGAGCGCUUUCCUAGUACAGUCAUAGCAGACAGGCCAACAUGUUCAAAUGUACAUGGAAGGUUGACUGGGGCAAAUUAUCAUUUAAAAGGAGCCCAUCGAACUUUUUAGGAUGUGCACAGGUCCCGAAAAAGGAAGUCCCAUGAUGGGUGUCUACUGCGCGGUCAGAAAAACCGGGCAGUUAAAAGUCGGAGACACCGUUUACGUUUCCAGAAAAUAAGCAAAUAAACGAUGUAA